GCGAUAUUCAUCUGGAGCAUUAACGGAAAGUCACAUGUGGAUACAUCCUCGGGCAACAACUUGAGGUGUCCCUAUGCACGCCUGAGCCGCCUCCUCGACGACAUCCCUCUUCUCUCCGCCGGAUAGCGCCACCUUGCUCCUCUAUAUCUAAACCUCUCAGUUCAGCGUGGCCCCGUACGAUGUCCUCACACGCCUCUGCUAGUACUGCUGGCCAACCAUCUGGGCGCACUAUGGCGGUGCCACCAGCGCGAUCCUACUCGCGGUCUGAUCCUAUUGAUCUCACCCUCGAUGACGACGACGGCGCUUCAUCGCGUCAAGUCAUUGAUCCAAUUAGUUCGCCGCAGCCACGGCACGGAAACUUGCCCGCCGAUUCACCACCGAAGACACCAGUGUGCAUAGGCCAGCUGUCGACGACCACUCUCGUCCUGUAUCCCGUCCCGUAUCUCUUGCGGCAAGGCCAUGUGGCAGCGGACUCAGACUGGGCACUGGUUCGCUUAUGUUAUGAACACGCUGCUGGCCAGGAGACUAUUCAUGUCCAGAAGUCUCCGAGGAGAGCUCCUCCGAUUGACAUCGUCCCAGGAGAGAAUUUUGGCGUAGCGGAACUGAAGGUAGCGAUGUCUUUUGGGCCGAUGUUAGGGAAGGGGUUGAUAUGGCUAGACGCCGAAGUACAGAGAGGUCAACCACAUGUAACCGUGUCCAGCUCACUGGGCCGCGCAGCUUUCGAUUCUGCCUCUGCAAAUGCUGGUAUACAUUUGAAGGAAAACAUACCCGUCGUUGCGAACUUCCUACAUCAAUCUGGCCUGUUCCUCGACCACCCGACUUUGCCAUUUGUCGUGCAGUGGGUCAUGAGCGAAUACUAUUACAAUCCUCACAACCCGCCUCCAGGUGGACACGCUCGUGCCCUCACUGGAGUCCGUCGUUUAGGAUAGUUCAAGAGUUUGAUGGUUGGCGAUGAGUUGGAAGAGACGGAGGCUACCGCCUGAGAAUGAGAUUGCCACCAAACUGUAUUAACAUCAGAAGACGGCGCUCACGUUCUUGCUUGAUUGAGAGCGGG